CCGACUCUCACUGGAAGUUUGAGCGUCUCGAGCGCUCCACGGAAUUAACGGCAGCAGCACCAGCGCGUUAAGCUGCGCGGGGCCGCGAGCGGAUUGUCCACCAUCUCACCGGGAACAUGAACAUGGCACUGAACAGGUCACCCUCUGCCACGGAAAAUUGGAACGGGGCUCCCGAGCGCAUGCGUGUUUCCACUGUGAAGAGUGAGUCCUCUUCAAUGCAGAGCGAGAAACUCCGCUGUCUUGCCCGCGAUAUCUCUGAACUGGGCCAGCAAGGCACUGCCAGCAGUGGGCACGAUGCCAAUGACAUUGCUGAGGACACGGAGGAGCCAGGCCCUGGUCCAGGAGGAGGGCUGUGUUUUGCAGACGGCCGCAGAAGAGUGGACUACGUUCUUGUUUAUCACUGCAAGAGACGUCAGUCCCAACACCGCCACUCUGUUGUCUCUAACGGUAACGUGCCGUCUCAAACCCCCACCCCAUCACGCAGGAGUACAAAGGGCAAUAUUUCGGAGGCGGUGCUGGAGGCGGGGCUUGGGAUGGAGCCCGCCAACGAACUACAAGAUAAAAUCAGGGAGGAAUUUGAAAGAAGACUUCAGGAGGAAGGCUUGGAGAUUGAACAUGACAAAGAGACAUAUCAACUGAAAGAGAAGACGGGGCUCAUGGGCGUAAUAAGCACGUUUUGGACAAAGAUCAAUCAGCCGUUCCAGCCCCAAGACCCACGCACACGGGUGCUAUCCCAACCGUUCAGCAGAGACAAGCUACACCUAUUUGAUAUAAAGUCGAAAAACAGCUUGUUCAGCAAUGCAAUACGAGGUCGAACUGUUUAUGAAAUUCUGAGGCGUACAGCCUGCACACAGACCUGUCAAACUAUGGGUAUUUCAUCACUGCUAGCUAAAGGGGUUUAUGAUUCUGCCUUCCCUCUGCAUGAUGGAGACUUUGACAGCUCAGAAGAUAAAGAGCAUCGCAACGACAGACAGAUGUUGCAUAAGGAAUGGGCCAAUUAUGGAGCUUGCUACAAAUAUCAGCCAAUGGACCUUAUAAGGAAGUACUUUGGAGAGAAGAUUGGCCUGUAUUUUGCCUGGUUGGGAGUGUACACACAGCUGCUGAUUCCAGCCUCGGCUUUAGGAGUCGCAGUAUUUCUGUACGGCUGCCUCACCGUAGACACCAAUGUGCCCAGUCAAGAGAUGUGUGAUGAGCAUCUUAAUUUCACCAUGUGUCCUCUAUGUGAUCGUGUGUGUGAUUACUGGCAGCUGAGCAGUAUCUGCAGUACGGCGCGUGCCAGCUAUCUGUUUGAUAACCACGCCACCGUGGGCUUCGCCAUCUUUAUGUCCCUCUGGGCGGCAGUGUUUCUAGAGCACUGGAAGAGGAGGCAGCGAUGUUUACAGCACAGCUGGGAUCUGACAGGAAUGGAAGACGAUGAGGAAAGGGCUGAGAAUGAGCUACGACCAGCAUAUGAGGACUUUCUCCUUAAGAAACAAGAGAAGAAGGCAAAGAAGAAGAAGAAGGAAGAGCCGGACGCAGGAACGGAUGACAAAGGAAGAGAGAAGCUACUGUCUGCUAAAGGAGGACAGUCACCGCUUGCCUCCGAGUCUUUGUCAUGGACAGACCGGCUGCCAGGAUACUGCAUCAACAUAUCCUCUAUCCUCCUUAUGGUUGGGGUCACGUUCUCUGCCGUGUCUGGAGUGAUUCUCUACCGCAUCAUUGUGUUUGCCGUUAUGUCAAUGAACCCUGAUCACGAGGCCAAGGCUAAUGUGCGUGUAACCGUGACAACCACCGCUGUCAUCAUCAACUUGCUGGUGGUUCUGGUGCUGGAUGAGAUCUACGGCGCUAUAGCGGCCUGGAUUACAGAGCUUGAGAUUCCAAAGACUGAAUCGACAUUUGAGGAGCAUGUGAUCUUGAAAGCUUUUUUGCUGAAGAGCAUGAAUGCAUUUGCACCUGUCUUCUAUGUGGCCUUCUUUAAGGGCAGGUUUGCCGGUCAUCCGGGUGACUAUGUUUAUGUCUUUAAGGAUUUCCGCAUGGAAGAGUGUUCUCCAGGUGGCUGUCUUAUUGAAGUGUGUAUUCAGCUGGGAAUCAUUAUGUUGGGAAAACAGCUCAUUCAGAAUAAUGUGUUUGAAAUUGCCAUUCCAAAGCUGAAGAAGAUGUAUCGCACGUAUAAGGAGGAGAAAGAUGGAUCGGCAGAUGAGGAGGACAAAGAUUCCAAACGAGAACCACAGCGCUGGGAUUUGGACUACAACCUGGAGCCAUAUGAGGGAUUGAGCCCAGAGUACAUGGAGAUGGUUAUUCAGUAUGGAUUUGUCACACUCUUUGUGGCCUCCUUCCCGCUGGCACCAGUUUUCGCUCUGCUUAAUAACGUCAUUGAAAUCCGACUAGAUGCGGCAAAAUUCGUCACUGAAAUACGCCGGCCUGAUGCAGUCAGUGCUAAAGAGAUUGGCAUAUGGUACAACAUCUUGAGUGGAAUCAGCAAGUUUGCUGUCAUUACAAAUGCAUUUGUGAUCUCCUUUACAUCGGAGUUCAUUCCUCGGAUGGUGUAUCAGUAUUUGUACAGUGAGACAGGCACCAUGCAUGGUUAUACCAACCAUACACUGGCUUAUUUCAACACGAGCAACUUUAAACCUGGAACUGCCCCACAUGAUACAGACUUUGACAGACAACUCCGUAUUUGCAGGUACAAAGACUAUCGAGAUCCACCCUGGUCUCCCGAGUCUUACCAGCUUUCUAAGCAGUACUGGUCUGUGCUCGCUGCACGCCUGGCUUUUGUCAUUUUUUUCCAGAACUUGGCCAUGUUCCUCAGUAUGCUGGUGGCAUGGUUGAUCCCAGACAUGCCUCGUUCCCUGAAAGAGCAGCUAAAGAGAGAGAAAGCACUCCUGAUGGAUCUUCUGCUCACAGAGGAGGCGGACAAGCAGUGCACCCAGUCACACCCAAUGACAACUACCAAUAAUGAUGUAGUCAUCAAGGGUCUAGAGGAAGGAUCACCAGAAGAGCUGCCUGUCUGCAGUGGAGUAAUGCUAAGCCAGUCAGAUGAAGAGCUGACCAACAGAGAGGAGGAAGAGCUUGAGGAACAAUCAGCAGAGGAACCGAUUGCAUCCACCAGUGAUCUGCCUAAUAGACCUCGACCUUCGACCUGUGAAAGUCUCAAUACAACUUCAGAGUGCCUGUCUAAGAUAGCCUGUCAUGAUGAAUCACUCACCACACCUCUAGCAUGUUCAAACCAGUCCAUUCAUUCAAUCAAAACCGGCUCACUAUCACGACACCGAGAGUUUGACUCGAAUGGACCUCCACCUCGAGACCCAAGUUCCAGGGCUAAGAGCCGUUGCCAAACCCUUCCGCCAAGGCACGGAGGACCUGAAGCUGAAGCACAUGCAACCAGACCCAGCCACUCGACGACAUUCACACAUCUCAACCAGAAAGUUCCUCCAUCCUCUUGCGAGCUCACCCGUAUGGUUCCUAGAGGACCAUCUAAAACCAAGCCCUCUGAAAGCCAAACGUCUGUCUCAGAUUCACUGGAUUCAGAACUCACGAGCAGCCAUUCCAUAGCACUUCCUCGUCCACCAUCCAGACCGGAGCUUGCUAGCAGCCUUUCAACAGUCUUGCCACAUCCUCCUUCGAAACCAGAACUUGUGGCCAGUCAGUCAGCAGGACUACCACGCCCUCCCUCCAAACCAGAGCUGAUGGGAAGCGAAACAAAAGGGCUUCCACCUCGUGAUCCAGGCUCGAAAGUUAAGGGCCGAUGCCAGACUCUUCCUCCAAAGUAUAGAGGCUCAGAGACUUCUGGGGAGACAAAGACCAGACCUAGUCACUCCACCACCUUCACACACCUCAGUCAACAGAUCUCCCCCUCACCCAGUGAUCUCAAACGUAACACUCCCGUAUGAGUGUGAUAAGAUGAAGUGGAGCAACACUCCACCUUUUCAGCACCUUGCAUCCGAUCACCAUUCUCAGUGCCAGGUAACCCAUGCCAUCAACAACUCAUCAAUUUCUCAUUAAUGACUGAACAAGCAUCUUCAGUAACUCUGGAAGUAGAUCAAUUGUUGGUGGCUUGGUGGAGGUUCACUUGGUUGGUUAACUAGGGGGACUUCUUUGCACAGAAUCACCCUUUUUAUUGGAGGACCGAGUGCAGACAAGUUCGACUUGUGCAUUCUUGGGUAUUUUUAUGGAGCCAUCUGACGUGGAUCGAUGACUCCUAAACAUUGUUUUAUACUGUGACUUGCCAUUCUCUCUUUCACAUAUAAACUCCUGUACAGACAUACGCAGAUAUACACACACCAAAUCUCAUUAACCUGACCUCUUGAACCAGAACAGGGGAGAAGAGAGAGAGGCUUAGGAAUAUGGGCCAAAGGGCUUUGCAGUCCAUAUGAUUUGUUACUCAGCAAGUGGAACUUUCAUUUUGUGGUGUGUUCUUUCAUGAGUUUUGCUACAUGUACUUAACCAGAAUAAUAACUAAAUGUGAACUUAUUAACACAAUACGUCAGCUACAAAUGAGCCAA